UAGCAAUAGUGAUAAGGAAGUGAACAUGUAUUUAUGACCGUUUUGAAAUGUUUGAACAAUUUUUUGCGUUUUAGUUGAGAAACCAAUAUACGGAACAUUAGAGAACAAAAUGACGAAUUCUGGAAAAAUGCCGAAAAAGAAGACAAUGUUCAAAAAGAUUGGCAGUUUUUUGAAGAUGAGGCAAAAUGAAGAAGACAGGUUUUCGGGAAAAUCAUUGUUUUCCAUAGAAAAUGAAAAUCAUAUCGAAUAUGCGUCUGUUUCAAAUGAGGAUUACGAUAUGAACCCGGCAAUGGAUUUAAUCCAUGAGGAUCUUGCAAGAGCGAGUCUUCUUACCGACUUUAACACAAAAAUUGACGAAUUUGAGCACGGCUUCGUCAACCUGGGAUAUGUUGAGAAGAUGAACAACACCACCAAGUCAAAAAACUUAUCCGGAGAUUUUCAGCGUCCGCGUCUAAGUCGACAGAACGCGGUUGUUCAAGAACGAGAUUCAAACUCAGCUAUGGAAAAAAUAAAGACAAAGUCUUGUGACACUGAAACUUCUCCAGUUGCCAAGUCACCAUCAAGUAAUAUGAGUUCUGCAAAAGAAGAACGGAUUAUCAAAAUUGAUUAGUUUCAAUUUCAAAAACUAUAAUUUUAAUAAUACUUGAGUCAUGUGGAAAUUAUCAUUCGAAAUUUCAAAUUUGAAACAGAAAAAGGAAUAAAGAGUUUCCGAAA